AUGACCAUCAUCAACAACCGCCGCAACGUAAUCGUCCAUGAUGAAGACGGGGACUAUGACGCGGGUGAAGCGGUCGCCAUCUCCGACGACUCAGACAACUACGGUCGGGCCCGUUCCAACGUCGCAGCCGCCGACGAAACCGACUACGAAGACGACCGACGCGAAGAAGAUGACGCGAGCGUCGCGGUCGUGAUAGCCGACGACCCGGACUCGACCGAAGACGAAUGGCAAAUCCGCCGCGCGGCCGCCGUCCGCACCGUCCUCCCCGAGCUGGACGGCCCGUCGGCGCGGGACAUGGAACGCGAAGAGCGGGAUUGGGCCGAUGUCGAUACUUCCGAAGGCACCGACGCACUGGACGAUCCGGUCCGCAUGUACCUCCGUGAAAUCGGUCGGGUCGACCUGCUCACCUCCGCCGAUGAACGCCGCCUGGCCCGCGAGCUUGAAGGACUCAACCACCUGCGCAAGUUCGAUGGCAUGACCUACCUGUCCAAGCUGGACAACCCCGAAGAACUCGAAAAAGCGUUGGACGGACAACCGCUGCUUGAGACCAGGGAAACGUGCCGCAAAAUCGCGGCCCGGUUGGCCAACGGCUUCAGGGUCGACUACCUGCCUGUGAUCGGCGACGUCGAGAUUGACAAUGCGGUCUGGGAAACCACCAUGCUGUUGUUGGCCCGGAUCGCCAACGCCGCGCCGUUGGUUCGCUCCCUGACGCGCUAUCUCGAACUCAACGAAGCCAUGCCGUUGGACGAGGUCAAGGACUCCCCGGUCCUUCGGAAAGCCAUCGAUGCCGAGGUUUCACCGGAGAUGGUGGAACAGGUUGCCAGCGAUCUCGGGAUCAGCCCGGAGGUCGCCUACCGGCGCAUCGUCCAACUCUCGCUGGACACCUGGGUCUUGCCUCAGAACAUCGUGGACACGGUCACUGGGUACGUGCCGAUUUGGGCCGAACUGCAUCCGGAUGGCGUGGAAGGCUGCUACAGUCCCGAGCAGGGGCUGGACGUGCCGUCGGUGUACGUCCACGACGACGAAUGUUCCCUGCUGUUGUUGGCCCAGUUGUUGCGCGACCCCGGGCUGAUUGACGACGUGGAGGAUAAGAAAUUCGAGGCGGCCGGCGACUACUUCAUCACCAUGAAGAACGGCGAACGCGCCCAGACUCAUUUGACCGAAGCCAACCUGCGUCUCGUGGUGAGCGUGGCCAAGAAAUACAUUGGCCGCGGCAUGGCUCUGCUGGACAUGAUCCAGGAGGGCAACAUCGGGUUGAUCCGCGCGGUGGAAAAAUUCGACUACCGCAAGGGCUACAAGUUCAGCACCUACGCGACCUGGUGGAUCCGACAGGCCAUCACCCGCGCCAUCGCCGACCAGGCGCGCACCAUCCGCAUCCCCGUCCACAUGGUCGAGACGAUCAACAAACUGAUGCGGCACCAUCGCCGGCUGCUCCAGGAGAAGGGGCGUGAACCGUCCACCGAAGAACUGGCGGAAGCCAUGGAGAUGACACCCGAGAAGGUCGAGGAAAUCCAGAAGAUCUCCCAGGAACCCGUCUCGCUGGAAACCCCCAUCGGGGAAGAGGAGGACUCUUUCCUUGGGGACUUCAUUGAAGACCGCACCACCCUCGCGCCAGCCGACGCAGCGUCGGCACAACUGCUCCGCGAGCAGGUGCAGGAGGUGCUGGACACCCUCACCGACCGGGAAAGUCGCGUGCUGAAGCUGCGUUUCGGCCUGGAAGACGGGCGCACGCGCACCCUCGAAGAAGUUGGCCGAGAAUUCGGCGUCACACGCGAGCGAAUCCGGCAGAUCGAGGCCAAGGCCAUCCGCAAGUUGCGCCAUCCCACCCGCUCCAAGAAACUCCGCGACUACCUGGAAUAA